CCCUGCGCAGGCUAGCAUUCUCACCCUGGGACGGCACAGUGCUCCAGCACUACUACACUCUACGCUAUAAAGAUCCUACUCAACUCUACUCUACUCUAUUCUACUUUACUCUACUCUACAAAGAUCCUACUCUACUCUACUCUACUCUACUCCGAUCCUAAUCUACUCUACUCUAUUCUACUCUACUCAGAUCCUAUCCUAUCUACACUACUCAGAUCCUAUUCUAUCUACUCUAUUCAGAUCCUUUCUAAUCUACUCCAAUCUACUCUACUCAGAUCCUAUCCUAUCUACUCGACUCAGAUCCUAUCCUAUCUACUCUACUCAGAUCCUAUCCUAUCUACUCAACUCAGAUCCUAUCCUAUCUACUCUAAUCUACUCAGAUCCUACUAUACUCUGCACAGAUCUUACUCUACACUACUUUACCCAGCUCCUUUUGAUGACAUCUGAUGCUGUCUGCAAGAGGUACGACUCAGCAUCACUGACCUCCACCAACCUCUGUCCUCCAAGCCAGCACAUCUCCACUCAUCCGACCAGGUCACCACUCCUCUACGUCCCGGUCCCAUCCUCCAUCCUCCACUCCAUCCAUCUCUGAGGGGAAGACAUUGCUAGGAAGCAGCUCCAAGGACCCUCUUCCUCAGUGUUGACAGCCAUCACCAUCUGCAGCAAGAACAGGUGUGCCAGUGACCUGUGACGAGUGAACCAUCAUGGGGGACUGGAGUCUUCUGGGGAACUUCCUGGAGGAAGUUCAGGAACAUUCCACGUCGGUGGGGAAGGUGUGGCUCACCGUCCUCUUCAUCUUCAGGAUCCUGGUGCUGGGCACAGCCGCUGAGUCCUCAUGGGGAGAUGAACAGAGUGACUUCCUGUGCGACACCCAGCAGCCUGGUUGUACCAACGUCUGUUAUGACCGGGCGUUUCCUAUCGCACACAUCCGCUACUGGGUCCUACAGAUCGUCUUCGUGUCCACACCAUCACUGAUCUACAUGGGCCAUGCCAUGCACAUAGUGCGGAGGGAUGAGAAACGAAAAAGGAGGGAGCAGGAGAAGACAGAGGGGAUGGAGGAGGAGGAGGAGAGGGGAGAGGGGGGGAGCGUAUCGGGGGAGAAGGUGUAUCUCCAGCAGAGGGAUUGUGGGAAGGUGCUGGAGGCAUCUGGGCGAGUUCGCCUGCGGGGGGCGCUGUUAUCCACGUACAUUCUGAGCAUCCUGAUCCGCACUGUGAUGGAGGUGAUCUUCAUCGUGGUCCAGUACAUGAUCUAUGGAGUCUUCCUCAGGGCUCUGUACCACUGCAAGGCCUGGCCCUGCCCCAACCCAGUCAACUGCUACAUGUCCCGGCCCACAGAAAAGAACGUAUUCAUCGUCUUCAUGCUGGUGGUGGCAGGUGUCUCCCUCCUCCUCUCUGUGGUCGAGCUCUACCACCUGGCCUACAGGCGGUACAGGAAGUGCAGACGCACUCGUGCCUCCCUCAAAAACACCACUCAUAAUGCUGUGGCAAUCCCCUUCACCAGGGACCCCGACAACCCGACCAGUCACAACUCCCCAGGCUGCACCCCUCCCCCUGACUUCCGCCAGUGCUUGGUGUUGUCGGGGACAAUGACCCCCUUGACCCCUGUGAACCCCAUGAACUCCAUGCCUUCUCACCCCUUCAACAACAGAAUGGCGCACCAGCAGAACUCCGUCAACAUGGCCACCGAGCGUCACCAUUCCCAUGACGACCUGGAGGGAGAGGGAGGUUUCCUGAGGAUGAACUACACCCAGGUGCCAGGGGAGAUGCCCAGCGGGUGCUCUGCGCCACCCUUACUGCAUACCGCGUACCUGAAGGACAAACAGAGUCUCAGUAAGAUCAGCAGCACCAGCAGCCGGGUUCGACCAGACGACCUGGCCGUGUAGAACCAGACAGACGGAGAGAGAGAGACAGAGAGGGGCUUAGAAGGUGCGGAGGGAGCGGACUUUCAGACACACAGAGAGAGAAAUGCCCUGCUUAGAGGAGAGUGGAGCAGGCUGGGUCUAUAUACCCAGCCAGAGACAGAGAAGGGGAGCAGGCAAGGCAGACACUGGGGCUAAAGAUGGAUGUGUUAGCAAACUCCAAGUGAAGGGCUCCAUUCAGCCCAAAUCUGGGGGAACUGUGGAAGAUUGCCUGGCCUAGGACUCCAUAAACACUAUAGGAAGAAAGACCUUGGGGUCUGUAAGCUCCCUGGGAGUGGGUUGGGGGAAGUGGGAACAUCUGCAUAUUGGACUGAGCUUUGAGACUGUGACCGUUGGUGCUGGGAGAACUGGUUGUUUUUGUUAGAGCAACAAGUGGCUGGCCAAGCUUGAAACAUGGACUUUCAUAACGUUGAUCAAAUAUUGACAUGGAAGCUAAAUAUAAAUAUACCUUUUAAAUCACUGUGUGGAAAAAGCCUUCAAAUAAAUAACAGAUAAUUGCAUUGUAUGUUUUUGAUGUUUUAAAGUACCUUUUUAAAGUCUGAGAAUAUUGUACUUUAAACUUGCACAUUCACUAUGCUAAAAACUGUCCCACUGUCUGUCCAACUGCCCAUUAUAAUAACAAACAUUUACAAGCUUGCAAAUGUAAACACGCAUGCACAAAAACACACACAUGCACACACUGCUGUCAUAGAAGGACAAAACCUUAUCCUCAGGGGUCUGACCAAACAGUGUUGCCCCGAUCCCUGGCAUCCAGUGACGGAAGCUAUUUGCAGCUGUCAUGUUGUUUGGAAAGUGAAAUUGUGACACACAUCCCUGCAAUGGAAUCCAUUGUGCAUUAUAUCACCUUCAAAUAUAGCAGGAGCAACUGUUUUCUCUGUGUUUAAUCCUGAUGGCAUACAAACAGAAACAUAGCACCAGCAUUGUCUUCCAGUCAGAAGUCAGAACAAGGGACAGCUGUGCCAAAAUAAUUGAUUUCUCUCCAUUCAACAGACGCUUAGACCAAUAAUUACAGAGGGUUGUAUGCACUCAGGUACAAAUAAUGAAGAGCUAUGCAAAAGUGCCUACAAAAUGUGAAUCUGCAAAAUGUUCAAAGUCAAAGUCUUUUAGCUCCAUAUUAGAUGUGUGAACAUGUCCUGAUAUCAUUUAAAAGUGUGUUCAAGAGCCAUAUACAGUAUGUAUACAAAUAAUUUACCUUCAACGGAGGCACAAGUUUGAAAAGUUGAUCAUCCUUCAGUAUAUUUCAGCAUUUCUUUUUUUGUUAACCACUAGGUGGAGAAAUUUCCCCUUGAACCUUUAAAAUACAGUGUAGUUCAUUCAUUGUGACUGUGCAACUGUUGAUUGUCACAUUAGUAGCUAUCCACCUCUCUUCCAUAUCUUUUCAUCGUUGUUUAAAUGUGAUUUAUUUUUGUUUAACUGUGUGAGGCUGGUCAGAAAAUGACAUGUCUAGGCCUAUAGGCUAAUAGAGAAGGCAUAACCACAAUCUGUGGAGUUCUCAACUGAUUUUGCACUAGACUAGGCCUUGUGGGGUUUGGACUAUAAAGACCCCUUUGUAAUUACAUGAAUCAUAUUUUCUUUUUCUAUAGAGAGCAACAACCAGUAAUUUACAGUAAUAGUAUUUUGGAAUGCCAACAAACGGGUGACUGGUUGACGUUUCUCUGUGCACAUUUCAAUGUCAUUGUGUUUUUGUAAAGUCUGCAAUAACACGAAUAUGUCAAAUAAAUUGUUCUCCCAGAA